ACCAGCGAACCAGCUGUCAAUUGUCAAAUUUAUUUAAUUUCAUAGAACAUACGGUUCAUGUUAUAAAAAUAUUAAUUCACAUAUUGGUCUAAAUAUGGAACGCAUACCUGAUCAAAUAGGAUAUUUAAUAAUGUCAGAAGACGGUGCUGUGAUAGCUUCUGGCGGAGAUUUAGAAAAUGACGAACGAGUAGCAAAUAUUUUUAAUAAUUUUAUAUCUAUCACUAAAAAUAUAAAUCCCGAAGCAUUUCCUGAAGAAGAUGGGUUUAAAAGGAUUUCUUUGACAUACAGUGAUCAUUGUUUCAUUAUUUGUUUAUCAAACAAAAAAAUUCAUGUAGUUAAGAAAGCUCUGAAACAACAGCAUAGCACAGCAGGAGAUACAUCAGCUAAAGUCAAUGCAUAA